AUGACCAGGGAUAUUAGUGAGGCUCAAAUUCGAUACAUCACCACCACAAUACGACCAGCUACGCAGCAAGAUCAUAAAGAUGGUCAGCAAUCUCAUCAGAAGAUACAUUUAAGCCCGUGGGAUCUCAAAUCUCUUGUACGCCCAUAUAUGCAACGGGGUCUUCUUUUUGCUAAUCCAAAGCAAAGGAAACAAGAUGCAGAAAAGAUCAUCACUCAGCUUAAAACGUCAUUGUCCUGCGCACUCGACCACUUUUACCCUCUUGCAGGUCGCAUUGCUACCACAGCCCAUGAUGACAACACUGUAUCUUUCUUCAUAGACUGCAAACCAGCUGGUGCAGAAUUUGUCCAUGCCUCAGCAGAUGUUACCAUAGCCGAAAUCAUGGAUUCCACCCAUGUACCACGCAUAGUUCAACACUCAUUCUUCACCCUCAAUGAUGUCGUGAACUACGACGGUCGAUCCAAACCAUUGCUUUCUAUACAGGUAACAGAACUAAUUGACGGUUUCUUUGUUGGUUGCAGUAUAAACCACACUGUUUGUGAUGGGAAAUCGUUUUGGCUUUUUUUCAAUUCAUGGUGUGAGAUUUCCAGGCGAGGCUCAUCAGCAGGAGAUCAGCAUAUAUCAUGUUUACCUAUUUUUGAUCGUUCGUGUCUAAUGAAUAAUAUGGAAAAAGAUUUGCCCAUUCGAUUCCCUUUAUCAACUGUUGAAAGCUGGCAAGGAUAUAAGUAUAUUCCACCUCCACUUGAUGAAAGAGUCUUUAUCUUCACUGAAGAAAACAUUGCAAAACUUAAAGCCAAAGCCAACUCAAAUAUUACUGCUUUUGCUCUUAAUCAGACGGCGAAAGAGGAUGCUGAUCAUAAGAAGGUUAUAAUCUCGUCUUUACAAGCAGUGUUGGCACAUGUUUGGGUAGCUGUAACACGAGCUAGGUGUUUAGAUCCAAAUGAAGUGACUGUCUAUUACUUAGCCAUAGGGGCUACAGGCAGGUUAAAUCCACCAUUGCCUAAAUUGUUCUUCGGAAACUCGUCCAUGGGUGAGGCUGCAACUGCUAAGGUGAGUGAAUUACUAGAAGUCGGUGGUUUUGAGUUGGGAGCAUCGUUAUUGAACGCGGUAGUUAGGUCAUUUGAUGAUGCAAAAAUUCGAAGUUUUGGGAAGUCAUGGAUGAAGAAACCUGAGGUAAACAAGAUGGAUUACUACUUGUCAAAUAAUUCGUUGCAAACUGGGGGCUCUCCAAGAUUCAAUAUGUUCGGAAAUGAUUUUGGUUGCGGAGAACCCAUUGCGGUGAGAAGCGGAAGCGCAAACAAAUGUGAUGGAAAGAUCACAUCAACUCCUGGACCCGUUUCUGGUAGUAUUGGCAUUGAAGCUUGCCUUUCAGCUAAGACGUUGAAGGCUCUGGAGAAUGAUACUGAGUUCAUGAGAUAUAUUACAAUUUAG